CACUCGGAACCGUGCAAUAUUAGCUAAAUAACAAAGCCAAUAACGAAAGUUACCAAAUAAAGUAAUAAUAAAAAUACUAAUUUAUAAAAUAAGCAAUCUCAUCCAGAAUCUAAGUUUAAUUAAUUCAAAGUGCAAUAAUAAAUAUGCAUUUGUUUAAAGUGCGCGCUCUCGAAAAUACCUUUUAAAUCCAAUAAUUCAAAAAUAUAUAUUUUUUGAAACUUACACUUUAGUUUGUAAACACUAAAAAUAAUGCUCUAUUGGCGUGAACCGUUCACGAACGACUCUCACAAGCUCUCGAUCGACCAGAUCUCUUUCCCACUCUGAGCAGCAGCUCUUUUAGGUGCUCUGAGAGCUAAACGUGGGUGGUGGAGUGAAAACUUUCGCUUUCUUCACUCAAAUAUGAGAAUUAUUUCAAUUCGCUCUCACUCACCUGUUAACUCUCUCGCGCGAUCUCUUGACUACUACCUAGCGUUCACUGUUGACCUCAUCUGAGAUAUUUGUUAGCCGUUCGCCUUUAGUACGUUUCUUUUAUUGCCGGACGUGUAAUCAUUGCGCUCGAAUAAACAAUUCUUUUUUCUAUAAUUUAUACUAAGUAAUACGUAUAGUUAAUUAAACAUAGCGAUUGAAACAUGAUGUCGGAAUCCAACUCCACGCCAACUACACCCGCGAUUGAAGCCAGCAACAACACACCUGCCGCGGCGGAUAAAAAUGCCAAGAAGCCCUUGUCUGAAAAGGAGCUGAAGGAGCAGCAUAUUUAUAAUAAUUUCGCUACACCACUCAUUGGCACCUACCUCAAUUUGCCGCAGGAAUCGGUAAUGUUGAAGUGCCCUGCUUGCGGCAUUGUUGAAAUGACACAAGUCGAAAACGAUAUGAAAUGGUGGGCGACGGAGAUCAAUCGCUUCGUCGGCUGUUUGUGGGUUACAUUUUGCUGCUGCUGCUGCAUGGACUACUUUAUACCAUGUAAACAAACGGAUCGCAAUCAUUAUUGCAAGAAUUGCGGUUGCUACUUUGGACGCGCUAUGAAGCACUCAGCUAUCAAACCGAAGAAGCUGGCUGCCAAGUCAUGAGGUGUUGGCCACCCACACACACACUUCGUUGGAGAAUACAAUCUCGUACAUAUUACUUUACUGCCAAGGAGGCCGAUUAACGAAAAACGCAAAACAAAAACAAAAAGUAAUAAAAAGAAUAAUACAAUUAGUAAAUAUAUCUGCUUUCCACUUUUUGUCUUCACGAAAACGCUCGAUAAUGCAAAGAAAAUAAACACAUACACAGUUAAAGAAAAAUAUUUUUGUAUAUAUAUAUGUAU